GCGUUGCGUUCGCCGCCGCCGCCCGGCACCCGUCGCCGGUCGGGACCGAGCCGGGUUGCGCAUGCGGCAAUGGCGGCGGCGAUGGAUUUCGAAGCGGGCCACGGCGGGCCCGGGUUUGUGGGGAUCCGCUUCUGUCAGGAGUGCAAUAACAUGUUGUACCCGAAAGAGGACAAAGAGAACAGAAUCCUGCUUUACGCGUGUCGGAACUGUGACUACCAGCAGGAGGCUGAUAACAGUUGUAUCUACGUCAAUAAGAUCACGCACGAAGUUGAUGAACUUACACAAAUAAUAGCAGAUGUGGCACAGGAUCCAACAUUGCCCAGAACAGAAGACCAUCCUUGUCUAAAGUGCGGACAUAAGGAAGCAGUAUUUUUCCAAUCACACAGUGCAAGGGCUGAGGCCAAAUUAGAGCACCACCAAUAAUCCUGGUGGUUGCCGUCGUAUCCGACAUUGACAGGAAGCCUGUGCGGGAGAAGUUUUAAAGUGGAAAAGCCGCUGCACUGGGUCCAUUCCACUCUCUUGACCUCAGGAGUCCCGGUCCAGUGGUACAAACUAGGUCUUCCUUGGAUGUGGUGGAUGACCAUGACGUCUUCUGUGACUCAUCAUGCUCUUCGAGCUCUGCAGAGCAUUGCAAAAGCACCUUCCUCACUGUAGAUCACACACCCUUCUUCUCUAGAGGAAGAAAUAGUGAGGCUUCUGGAAAGAAAUGAAUGCUGCAGCAUGGAUUCAGCAAAGGCAGGUCCUGUUUGACAAACUCACUGGAGUUCCUUGAGGAUAUAAUGAGCCCAGUGGAUAGAGGGGAACAGAUGGACGUUAUUUACUUGGAUUUCCAGAAGGUGUUCGAUAAGGUGCCACAUGAAAGACUUAUCCAUAAGAUAAGGAUGCACAGAUUUGGGGGUGAUGUUUUAGUAUGGAUAGAGGAUUGGUUAACUAAUAGAAAGCAGAGAGUUGGGAUACAUAGGUGUUUCUCUGGUUGAGCGGUGUGCUGCAAGGGUUGGUGCUGGACCAGUAAUUAUUCAUGAUAUACAUUAACAGUAGAGGGAACCCUGUGUAAGUUUGCUAAUGACACCAAAUUGAGUGAAAAAGCAAAUUGUGCAGAAGAUAGGGAGAGUCUGCAGAGCAAUAACGAAAGUUAAAAUGAGUGGGCAAGGGUCUGGCAGAUGGAGUACAAUGUUGGUAAAUGUGAGGUCAUCCACUUUGGAGGAAAAAUGAAAGAUAAGAUUAGUAUUUCAAUGGUCAUUUCAUAGCGUGUCACACCAGACAGUUAGCCAUUUUUGUCUGGCGCGUGGUGUCAGGAUUGGUCUCCUUUCGGAUUAACCGGAUCACAAUAUGAACAUUCCUGACUCAACCCUUGUAUUUUUUACGAGGCGGAGUGGCUAGCUUGACACUCAACCCGGCACGGAUGGAAAGCGUGCCGGGGUGGGGGGAGGGCACACGACUAGGUUCAAACUUGGGAGCUUUUGCUCUGGAGUGUUGUUAUCCUCCUUAACCCCAGUUUCUGGCCUUCUCCCCAUAACCUUUGAUGCCAUGUCCAAUCAAGAACCUAUCAAUCUCUGAGGAGGAACUGCUUUUCCCAGAAAGUGGUGAAUCUGUGGAAUUCUUUGCCCAAUGAAACAGUGGAGACUACCUCAAUGAAUACAUUUAAGACAAGCUUGGAUAGAUUUUUGCAUUGUAAGGGAAUUAAGGGUUAUAGACAAUAGGUGCAGAAGUAGACCAUUCGGCCCCUCAGGCAGGUAGGUGGAGAUGAGUCCAUGGCCAGAUCAGCCAUGAUCUUAUUAAAUGGCGGAGUAGGCUGGACAGACCAGAUGGCCGACUCCUGCUACUGUUUCUUAUGUUCUACUGGAGCCGAGUUCCCAUUGCCAGGGCAGGCAUGUUCUCCUUUCACUGAGGUAUGAGGCUGCCAGCUGCUGUCACCUGGUUUAGCCCACCUCACGGAGCGGUGUAGCAGGAUGUGGCCACUGUCACAAGCAAACAGCUACUGGAGCCACAGGUGAGAACUGAGUGGCUGGUGGGAACCGAAGGUAACAUUAAAGAUGAUUGUUGUUACUUUCAAAUUCUUCAUAGUUCAGGUUGGAGGAACAGCACCUUAUAUACCGGCUGGGUAGCCUCCAAUCUGAUAACAUGAACAUUGACUUCUCUAACUUCUGUUAAUGCCCCUCCUCCCUUUCUUACCCCAUCCCUGAUAUAUUUAGUAUUUUUCUUCCCCUCCUUUUUUUUCUCUCUUUCUACCCAUCACUGCCUGUUCUCCAUCUCCCUCUGGUGCACCCCUCCCCCUUUCUUUCUCUCUAGUCCUCUUGUCCCAUGAUCCUUUCCCUUCUCCAGCUCUGUAUCCCUUUCGCCAAUCACCUUUCCAGCUCUCAGCUUCAACCCUCCCCCUCUGGUCUCCUAUCAUUUCGCAUUUCCCCCUCCCCCUCUACUUUCAAAUCUCUUACUGUCUUUUCUUUCAGUCAGUCCUGAUGAAGGGUCUCGGCCCGAAACGACGACAGUGCUUCUUCUUAUAGAUGCUGCCUGAUCUGCUGCGUUCCACCAGCAUUUUGUGUGUGUUGCUUGAAUUUCCAGCAUCUGCAGAUUUCCUUAUGUUUGCUAUUUAGAAACUACUUGCUUUAACCAUGUGUCAUGUUUAACAGCUACACGACUGAUAUCUAGUUAGAAGCUUUCGGUAACAGUCUCUUGUCCCAAUUAGGCAGCGUAGUGUCCCAAGUAAACGUAAGGAAUCCUGGCUAUCUUAUUAUUUUGUUUUUAUUCUUUAAGAGUUGGCCCAAAUCAGCUGCUGCCCCAGUUAACAAAUAGCCAGAUUAACUGGAAUCCACUGGAUUGCAAAAGAGGAAUAGGAUGCUGGUGUUCAUGGACCAUUCUGAAAUCUGAUGGCGGAGGGGAAGAGGCUGUUCCAAAAACAUUGGGUGUGGAUCCUCAGACUCCAAUGGUAGUAAGGAGAAGAGGGCGUAUCCUAGAUGAAGAGAGUCCUUUGUGAUGGUUCGAAAUAAAUUUAUUAUCCAAGUACCUAUAUGUUACCAUAUGCAUCCCUGAGAUCCAUUUUCCUGUGGGCAUACUCAAUAAAUCCAAUAGAACCAAUGAAAGACCAAUGUGCAAAAGACAACAAGCUGCAAAUACAGAAAGAAAAAGAGAAUAAAAAUAAGAAAUAAUAAGCAAUUAUAAGCAAAUAUCAGGCACAUGAGAUGAAGAGUCCUUGAAAGUGAGUCCAUAGGUUGUGGCAACAUUUCAGUGAUGGGCGAGUGAAGUUAUCCCCUCUGGUUCAAGAGCCUGAUGGCUGAGGGGUUCUAACUGUUCCUGAAUCUGGUGGUGUGGGUCCUGAGCCUCCCCUACCUUCUUCCAGGAGAACAGUGAGAAGAGAGCAUGACGUGGUUUGCCAUUGCCUUCAUGGGUGACCCCAGCCAUUAUCAAUACUCUUCGGAGAUUGUCUGCCUGGUGUCGGUGAUCACAUAACCAGGACUUGUGAUCUGCACCGGCUGCUCAUACGACUGUCCACCACCUGCUCCCAUGGAUUCACGUGACCCUGAUCGGGGGCUAAGCAGGUGCUACACCUUGCCCAAGGGUGACCUGCAGGAGUGCCUGGCAUUUCCCUUGGUAGAGAUGUAUCUCCACCCUAUCACCCUAGGUGGUGGUGGUAAAAACUCUUAGGUAGGCACAUGGAUGAAAGGAAAAUGGAGGGUUACGGACUGUGUAGGAGGGAAGGGUUAGAUUCAUCCUGAAGUACAUAAAAGGGUUUGCACAAUAUCAUGGGCCAAAGGGCCAGUACUGUGGUGUAUUGUUCUAUAUUCUGUAACUAGAUUAUUAUUUUAUUUAUUGAGAUAAAGCACAAGAAAGUCCUUCUGGCCCUUUGAGCCACACCUCCCAGCAACCCAGAUUUAACCCUAGCCUAAUCACAGGACAAUUUACAAUGACCAAUUAACCUACUGACUGGUACAGCUUUAGACUGUGGGAGGAAACCGGAGCACCCGGAGGAAACCUUCGCGGUCACGGGGAGAACGUACAAACUCCUCACAGGCAGACCUGAGGCUGAUGGUACAGCCUUGUGAUGUUACAUUUGAGAAAGAGCCUCUUCCUUGGGCAAAUUAAGUGGUACCUGUGACUGGGUAGUGACAGGGUCUGAGACUGUGAAUUAUGUUCAUAAUAUAUUACCCAUUACAUUCAUGUUAAAGUGCUGUGUUAGAUACGUGGGUUGAGACCAAAGCAAAAGUGCCUGCCGUCACUUAGCACUUUAGUGCAAGGGUGUUUAUUAGGUGUGUCAAAAAUCAAACUUAAAAACAUUAGUGAAAACUGCCAAUAUUUACAGAAAGAUAUUACCAGAACACACAAUGUUAGCUCCAUAGAAUUCUUUUCCCAGUGCGAACUCUCAGCGGCCCUUAUGUCUCUGUCUCUCCCACUGAGGGUGAAGAGCUUUUUAUUCGGCACGAAGAUGUACCAUCUUUAAUUGCCACAGCGUUAACACAAGACUACACACGAAUCAGAAUAUGAUGCACCCCACAAUGUAGUUACAAUUACAUUACAAAAUAAUCAGAAGUGUCUACAUUAAAUACGGUAUACAAACAGCAUAUACAUAGUUAUACAUCCCAUCAGUGAAGUGAUGGAAUAUUCUGCCGUGUAUGGUGGAAAAGGCACCAUAAAGCCAACCCAAGCCCAGCAGCUCAGUCCAGGACCCGCUAUGUGAAAAUAUACCAGGGAAGACAAUGAAGGAUGUACAGCUAUCGCUACGACAAAGAGAAGGCAAUGUUUGUGUGUGUGAGGAAUGCGUUUAUUGAAUACUCUCUGUCAAACGCUCCACUCACGGGUCCCUGUUCACAGUCCCAAUGAUGUGCAGGUAAGUUUAGUUGUAUCUGUGACUGGUUGGUGGCAAGGAUUGAGAGCUUGAUGCAUGUCCCUAAUAUACCCUUUCCCUCCCUGCAGGACGCCAUGAGACUGUACUACGUGUGUACAGCCCCACACUGUGGCAAUCGCUGGACUGAGUAAGGACAUAGCGGUGCCCUGUAUCGCAUUGUUGUUCCUGUACCAGCUGUGGCAUCCACCGGAUUUGUCAGCAGCUCACGUCAGAGACUCUGUGCAAGUUAUGACUGAAUGAAAUGCUGUGAUAAAAUGUUUACCUUUUUGAAAGCAUGUUUUCUAAUCUUGUAAAUCUUGCAAUAAAUUUUUUUAAAUUGGA